AUGACGUGUCCGAUGAGUUCCAUGACCCACAUGGGUACGUCCAAGACAGAGGAGGAGAUCCCCCAAGGCUUCCUUCCAGGUGAUUUCGGAUCUCCACUGUCACAGAGGCGCCUACCUCGUGGGAGUAGACCAAGGCCAUCGCUCCCGUCAGCAAGCAGCAAAAGAGCGUCGCCAGCACGGAUUCGACCAUGUAAUCUUUCGGAGGGUGUCGGCAGCUUCUCUCAGCCUCGAUGGGGAUCUCGGCGAACAAAGCGCUGUUGUACUGGAAGCAGAGACCGAAACGCUGAGCCACGGAGAAGCUCCUACAGAUCGGAAGCACUCGAGUCCACCGUCUGCGAGAAGAUCAUGGAGCUGCUGGGCCAGAACGAGGUGGACCAUCGCCAGCGCAAAGUGGUCAUCCUCAGCCAGGACCGGUUCUACAAGGCCCUCACGGCCGAACAGAAAGCCAAAGCGCUGAAGGGGCAGUACAACUUCGACCACCCAGAUGCUUUUGACAACGAGUUGAUGCAGACGACCUUGAAGAAUAUCGUGGACGGCCAGGCGGUGGAGGUCCCCACCUACGAUUUUGUGACCCACUCCAGGCUGCCCGAGACCACGAUGGUCUACCCGGCCGACGUGGUCCUUUUCGAAGGGAUUCUGGUGUUCUACAAUCAAGACAUCAGGGACAUGUUCCAUCUCCGCCUCUUUGUGGACACCGACUCUGACGUCCGGCUCUCCCGGAGAGUUCUUCGAGAUAUGAAGCGGGGAAGGGACCUGGAGCAGAUUUUGACCCAAUACACCACUUUUGUCAAGCCGGCCUUUGAAGAGUUCUGCCUGCCGACGAAGAAAUACGCAGACGUGAUUAUCCCUCGCGGCGUCGACAACAUGGGUAAGGGAUCCGCGCUCUUUCGCCCUCUCUUGGGCUUAAGCCUCCCAAAAUGGAACUGCCUGUUCUAUUCCCGCCCUAUCGGCCUCGCCUGGUCGCUCCUUCGCUAACAACGGAAAAGAAAAACACACCCUUUGUCAUUCAAGGGCGGCACCAGAGCUGAGCGUUUUCCUCUUGUGAGGAUCGGCCCGGCUCAGUCCCAACGGGAAGGUCUUUAAAACUCUUCUCCCCCCAUUACAACUCUUUCAUGCAAGGAUGCAGACCACCCAUCUCUGCUAGUCAAAAUAUAUUUAAUGGGACCAUAGUUUAUUUCUUCUCCUGCCACUCACAUCUGUCUCGUAUUGUGGUUCUAAAUCAUUGAGUGGCCCCAGGAUGCUGUUUAACUCGCCCGGAGUUUAGGCAUGGCAGUUAUUUAAUGUAUUUCAUUUAUGAAGCGUUGGAGGACCGUCCGGAUGCAAGCAGACG